AUGAGGCCAAAGGUGCAGACUGGGAGGAAAGAUACUGAGUUUCAGGCUUUUGUGCAGAGAUUCCUGGCAGGUUCUCUCUUUAAGAUGAUUAUGAUCAGCACCAUCUCACUGAAUGCCUUUUUCGUAGUCUUGUGGACCGAUUAUGAAAUAAGAUUCCGCUUGUUCAGACUUCUUGAGAUCUCAGAGAUCCUCUUUGUGUCCAUCUACAGCACUGAGUUCUUCAUUAAGCUCUACGUGGACCCCAUUGUCUACUGGAAGGAUGGCUACAACCUGCUGGAUGUGCUCAUCAUCAUCAUUAUCUCAAUCCCCUAUGCCCUCCAAAAGAUUAAGGGCAAACAUUACCCCUACCUCAACAUUGCUAAUGGCUUGCAGUCCCUGCGCAUUCUUAAGCUUAUCACCUAUAGCCGGGGCAUCCGGACACUCAUUACCGCCAUGGGGCAGACAGCCUACACCGUGGCCUCGGUGCUCAUCCUCCUCUUCCUCUUGAUGUACGUCUUUGCUAUCUUAGGCUUCUGCCUGUUUGGAGCUCCAGAGAUGGGUGACCUGAAGAACUGGGGGAACCUGGCUGUGGCCUUCUUUACCCUCUUCAGCUUGGCCACGGUGGAUGGCUGGACAGACCUGCAGCAGGAGUUAGAUAAUCGAAAUUUUUUGCUGAGCCGGACAUUCACCAUUGUCUUCAUCCUGCUUGCGUCCUUCAUCUUCCUCAGCAUGUUCGUAGGUGUGAUGAUCAUCCACACUGAGGAUUCCAUCAAAAAGUUUGAGCGGGAGCUGAAGGUGGAGAGGCACAUGAUCCUCAUGGAGGAGAAGCAGGUGAUUCUGAAGCGGCAGCAAGAGGAGGUCAGCCAUCUGAUGCAGACUCAGCAAAAUGUUGACUACCAAAGCUUCAGUGAGCUGGUGGAGAACUUCAAGAAGACCCUGCAGCACACUGACCCCAUGGUCUUGGAUGAUUUUGGCACUAGCCUACCCUUCAUUGACAUCUACUUGUCUACUCUAGACAACCAGGAUACUACUAUCUACAAGCUUCAAGAGCUGUACUAUGAGAUUGUGCACGUGCUGAGCCUGAUGCUUGAAGAAUUGCCCAAGCAGCAGUAG